AACAACGGAACCGUCUAGCAUAUAUCGCUUCGCAGUCACAUCGCAAACCACUUACGAAAACGUCUUCUUCCCGUUCUUCCUGCGAUUCUCGCUGUUCCUCGUUCAUCCCUCUUCACAUUUAGCUCCGAUCGAUCGCUGGAAGGAUUUCGCAGGGUACGCUCGGAUGUGCGGCUUCUGGAGAGGAAUACAUGAGGAGAUCUCUGGUGAGAGAUAAGGUGGCGGUAGUGAAUCUCAAGAAUUGUGGCGUUGAGGCGAGAGGCGGGGCUUAGAUGCCCUACCAGUGGAUUUCGGGAUGGAGCGGCGCAGCGCUCGUUGCGUUCGCUGCAUUUUCUCCUGUGGUUGCGAUGGUGAUUCGAAAGAAAUGGAGGCUCGCGGAGGUCAGGCGCAGGGAGGUCAUGCGGCUCGCUCAGCUGGCGGCGGCGGAGGCGGAGAGGGCCGAGAAGGAGGCGGAAGCAGCUUUUUAUGCGGCGGAGAAACCAGUUUCUGGCGUUGAUGGAGCGGGAGUUGGAAUGCAGAACUGCGCUGUCUGCCACAGCCCUACCACAACGCGCUGCUCGCGCUGCAAGGCUGUUAAAUACUGCUCUGGGACCUGCCAAAUCACUCACUGGAGACAAGGACACAAGUAUGAGUGCCAUCCUCCACCCAUUGCUGACCACUUGAAAGGUCAACCUGUUGUCUCCAAUUUGAAGGGAAUGCAAAAUGAGAGACCUGAAAUUAGUGAAAAUGGUUUGGGGAUUGAAAAGGGUCAUGAUUCCAAUGAUGGUGUUUCUAACGCUCAAAGUGUUUCGAUUAGUGUUUCGGCUCAAUCUGAACCAUCUGCCUUAGUUUUCAGCAGGCCAGACAUUGAAGUAAAGCCAAAUGAUACUAAAAUUUUGGAAACAUAUUCCACCAUAGCGGUGUCUUCCGAAUCUAAUAUAUCAUCAAAAAUGAACUGUGAGAAUGGAGAGGAUGGAGAGAAGCAUUCUAUGAGUACCUCUAAAAUUGAUAUCAAUGCCGACCAUCUGAAUCUUUCGUCAUUUUCACAUGCUUCAACUACUGCAGGCACUUUGAGUCAUGCAUCUUUUUCGAGUGACUUACAGCCACAUUUGAUGCAUGUAAAUGAUGAAACUGAGUUCAAAUUGAGGGCUCCUUCAAACAUGAAUUCUGCUAACCCCGCUAACUCAGCGGAUGCCAGGAUAAGCGGAAAAAUCGAAGAAUUUAGACCUAUGUGCUCAGGUUCCAUCGACCAAGAAAAAUCCAAAACGUUCAAAUUUUCUGAAAAUUGUCAUCAAGGGCAGGGAGAAACGCUUGAUUUGACUGCAGCUGAAACUAUCACUUGUGCUGAUUCCACUGAAUCACAAAGUCGUCAUAACAUUGUUCACCUUCAACUGGAUUCUGGGAUUCAUUUUGAAUUGGAUCUCAAACUUUCUAGCUCAAAAUCUUGUUCUGCACCACCUGAUCAAGGCAGAUCUGACUCUAGAGAACCUGUGAGUUUAGUCACUGGAAACUCAGGUGAAGCUGCUAAGGAGAGUUCUAACGAGCAAUUAAAAUCUUCAUCUCCUAUUCAUAAUAAGGAUCAUCUUACUUCCGUAUAUCAUAGUAAAACCUUUCUAGGAAACGGAUCUCCAAAGGUUGAAAACAUUGCUCCUGUUAGCGAUCAAUUACUAAAGAUUGAUGGCUCUUUACCAAAUGGUAAGGUUUCUUCGAGGAAAUCUGUUCAACUCAGUACACCGUCAUCAUCACCUUCAAGGCGCACUCAAUCUGGACUUUCUAACCAUGAACAUGGAAAGUACAACAAGAUGCUUUUCCCUUAUGAUAACUUCAUCAGGCUUUACAACUCUGACAAGGUGGAGAUGCGCCCUUGUGGUCUUGUGAACUGUGGAAAUAGUUGUUACGCAAAUGCAGUUCUUCAGUGCCUUGCAUUUACCCGUCCACUGGCGGCAUUCAUUCUUGAAGGAUUCCAUGCUAAAGCUUGUCUGAAGAUUGGUUGGUGCUUCACAUGCGAGUUUGAAAGUCUUCUAAUCAAGAUAAAGCAAGGGAAAUCUUCGGUGUCUCCAAAUGGAAUAAUAUCUCAUAUACAUGACAUUGGGAGCAAUUUUGGUUACGGGAGUGAAGAAGAUGCACACGAAUUUUUAAGAUAUUCGAUUGAUGCAUUGCAGUCUGCAUGUCUGAAAGAAGCUGGGACAAAUAUUGUUGGCGAGUUAGCAGAAGAAACCACUCUCAUAAAAUUAAUAUUUGGCGGAUAUCUCCGUUCUAAGAUAAAAUGCUUGAGGUGUCAGGGAAAGUCAGAGCGGCGCGAACGGAUGAUGGAUCUUACUAUUGAUAUUCAUGGUGAUAUUAUGACCCUCGAAGAAGCUCUUACACAUUUUACAGCUAGUGAAGUUCUAGACGGAGAUAACAAGUACAAAUGCGGCAGAUGCCAAUCUUUUGAACGAGCAAAAAAGCAAUUGACAAUUCUGGAGGCCCCUAAUGUGCUCACAAUUGCUUUAAAGAGAUAUCAGUCUGGCAAAUAUGGCAAGUUGGAUAGAAUGGUUUGGUUUUCUGAGUACCUGAACUUGGCUCCGUAUAUGAGGGGUUCCGAUGAUAACUCGCCAGUUUAUAGGCUCUAUGCUGUUGUGGUUCAUAGCGGUCAAGCGAAUGCAACUUUCUCAGGUCAUUAUGUGUGCUAUGUGAAGGACACACGAGGAAUGUGGUUCAAAGCUGAUGAUAGUGUGGUAAAACAAGUGGACCUUAAGAAAGUUUUGUCCCAACCUGCAUACAUGCUUUUCUAUGCCCGGUGCUCUCCUCGCGCCCCAAGCUUACUAAGAAAAGAAAUGGCGAAGAAGAAUAAGCCGAAGGAGCCAGAAAACAAAAUCAAACAUAAUAAUACCGGUCGCCGGACCGACGAUCUCUUGGACGAAGGAUUUCGACGCCCUCAUAGGGUUGAUUCCUUGAGCGACAUAUCUUCUCUUUUUAGCCACUCCGAUGAGGGUUCUAACUGGAGCACGGAAAGCACCAAGGACUCCGCAGCCUCGGACGACUGCACCGACUCUACAUUGAGUGAGUCAGGCCACACGAACAGCCCAAGGCGGGUUUCGGUUUCGUCUGAUGUGAGUUCGUUGGAUUUGAAGGUGGAUGGGGAGGGCAAAAAUGGUGGGGAAUGUGGUGGUUAUCUGGGGAGGGAGGGACUGCAGUUUUUGUACAACAUUAAACACUAUAGAAAUCUAACAGAACAGGUUAGCAGUAGGGGGAACAGCGAAUUGGUUAGUUCCAGUGAGGCGAAGUCCAAUGUAUUAUUUAGAAGAACCGUUGGGGAUAGGACUGCCCAAGCAUUUUAUUAGUCUGUUUUGGGCAUGGUAAUAAGAGUAGUCUUCCUAAUUUUUAUAUAGGUAGUUUUUAUGUAAAGAUGGAAUUAAGCUUACUAAUUUGAUUAGGCUUUUGAUUCUGAUUUUUUAGAGUUUUGAUGCUCUAUUUGGGAUAAUUAUUAUUAUUGCGGA